CAGCCACAUUCUUGUUAUUUCCAGGCACGGUUCCAGUAUAACUAGCUCGCGUACAGGCACUCGAAAAGUGAAUAGGCUCUCGCAUAGCACGCAGGCAUACAGCCGAGCGCACGUACACCGGCACGCCACGUUAAACACUCCUUCGCGCUGUGCUCCCCGCCGCUUUUCUCUCUCCUCUCACGCUUUAAAGGUAGGAUGCUGCUCAGAGCUCCGAGCAGCUCAGCUGUCGGCGUUCCCUGUGGCAACACCCCAGUCAGGCAUCGUUUACUGCUGGGGCGCUGGCCAUUCCGGUCCGUUAAACCGUUGAGUUCAAAGGGCCGGCGCCCUUCCGCGAGACCCGUUUCACUUAAAUUUGGGCAGUCGCCGCGGUAAUUGUUUUUCUAGUUUUAAGUCUAUAUUGACUCGUUCGCCGUGUUUUAUUUAAGUGUAAUGCUCAUUACUCUCGCGGGGUGGCGCCAAGUCCCACCUCUUCUCGCCGUGCUUGCUUUUUUUCUCAUUUGCGGGUUGUGCUUUUACUGGGAAAGCAGUCUGUUAGAGAUCCUCCACACUGAGCGCACACAUUGGACCUGCAAGUUUGACGUAACCCAGCGAUUUGUGAGUCCACGAAACGGGGGAAAAGCGCCGGCGGUCGUCAUAGCCGAACGGGGGAAAAACGGGAUUCGGGGCAUCGAGAAAGAGAGAGGAUUUAAAUCUGCACUUCGGAGGAUUAGACCUGAACCGAAGAAACGGAAGAACGCGGCAUGCUGGAAAUUCUCAUAAUGUAGGAUGUUGCAAAAAUACCCGAAAGGAAAAGAAAGUGACUAAAACUAACUUUGGAAACUGGAUUUGUACACGCGCCUUCUUUUUGAGGAGUUCUCAUUGAGGCUGCUGGAACAAAAGACGCUUUGGUUUGAGACUACCGUUCUUUUUACCUUGGGAUUACAAGUACGACAGAUGAACCUGGCAUAUUUAUUAAUGUGAACUUCAGUUUUGAAAGCCUUGGAAAGCGGCACUGAUUGUAACUCUUCGUUUGGAUUUUAUGCCGAAGUGGCGCUCAACACGUGCAUCAGCCAUAUCCAGGUUCGCUAGCUCAUGUAAACAGAAAUCUGGAUCCGAAUUUUGACAAGAUAUGUCGCAAAUUAUGUUUCACUAACAGAACAGUUAUUUUUACCUUUCUUUUGUCUGGACGCAAGGAGAGAAAUGCUGCGCAUGGGUUUUUAGACAUCACGCCGCGCCUCCGAAGCGCUCGCUGUUUUAGCUCCGUUAUCUGCUAUCAUUCCCAGCGACUGGAGCCUAACAACCUGCAUGCACCAAACGCACAGAGCCUCCGGGAAUGAUGCAUAGCUCAAGUUGAGGAUCCCGGAGAAAGGGAUUUGGCAUUGGGAAGGAGGAUUCCCAAGGGCACCCCCUUUCACGACUGACAGAUCCCCUUCAAACUCCGGCCCGGACCUGGGGCAAAAGCAACAUGUACGUGGUUCAGCGGACGCACACCCUGUCAUACUGCCACCGGAUCUGGACCCGGUUUGGGGAGGGUGUAGGGAUCCUGUUUCUGUCUUUGCUCGUUUACUGCACCCGAGCACAAGAUGAUGUGCCUCCAUAUUUCAAGACGGAGCCUGUGAGGUCACAGUUGCAUCUGGAGCGAAAUCGUCUUGUGCUGACCUGCAUGGCCGAGGGCAGCUGGCCGCUAGAGUUCAAGUGGCUCCACAACAACACAGAGCUCACACGUUUCUCUCUAGAGUACAGGUACUUAAUUACCUCACUGGAUCGAACACAUGCAGGGUUCUACCGGUGCAUUGUGAGAAACCGCGUUGGCGCUCUGAUGCAGAGAAGAACAGAAGUUCAGGUGGCAUAUAUGGGCAGCUUUGAGGAAGGAGAGAGAUCACAAACGGUGUCUCAGGGGGAGGGGGCUGUCAUUCCAGCCCCUCGAAUACACAGCUUCCCCCAGCCCCAGGUUACAUGGUUCCGGGAUGGACGGAAGAUUCCACCCAGCAGCCGUAUAGCCAUCACUCUGGACAAUACUCUGGUUAUCCUCUCCACUGUGGCUCCAGAUGCUGGGAGGUACUACGUGCAAGCAGUGAAUGACAAGAAUGGAGAGAACAAGACAAGCCAGCCAAUCACCCUGUCUGUUGAGAACGUGGGUGGCCCUGCUGAUCCUAUUGCUCCAACCAUUGUUAUCCCUCCCCGCAAUACCAGUGUGGUCUUAGGAACGUCAGAGGUCACCAUGGAGUGUGUCGCAAAUGCCAGGCCUCUCAUUAAAUUGGCUGUCUCAUGGCGUAAGGAUGGUGUGCUGGUGACCAGCGGACUUAGUGACUAUAACAGGCGUGUAACUGUGCUAAACCCAAGUGUGAGCGAUGCUGGACACUAUGAGUGUGAGGCUGUUCUCCGCAGUAGCAGCGUUCCCUCUGUCAGUGCCGGGGCCUUUCUCCACAUCCUAGAACCACCUCAGUUUGUCAAGGAGCCUGAGAGACACAUCACAGCUGAGAUGGAGAAGGUAGUAGACAUUCCAUGCCAGGCCCGAGGUAUUCCCCAGCCAGAGAUCUCUUGGUAUAAAGAUGCUGUUCUUAUAAGUCCGAUCAAAACUCCACGUUACCGUAUCCUGCCAGGGGGCAGCUUACAGGUGAAUGGGCUUCUGCCUGAUGACACUGGGAUGUUUCAGUGCUUUGCCCGGAACAAGGCUGGAGAAGUGCAGACCAAUACCUACCUCGCUGUAACCAGCAUUGCUCCAAACAUCACUUCAGGCCCAUCAGACAGCACAGUGAUUGAUGGCAUGUCCGUUAUCUUACAUUGUGAGACCUCUGGAGCUCCAAGACCAGCUAUUACAUGGCAGAAGGGUGAGCGAAUCCUUGCCAGUGGUUCAGUCCAACUGCCACGCUUCACUCUUUUGGAAUCGGGCAGCCUCCUCAUCAGUCCUUCACACAUCUCGGACGCUGGCACGUAUACAUGCAUGGCCACCAACUCUCGAGGUUUUGAUGAAGCAUCUUCUGAUCUCAUUGUGCUGGCUCGAACACGAAUCACAAUGCCACCACAGGAUCAGAGUGUCAUUAAGGGGACAAAGGCAACCAUGACCUGCGGUGUAACACAUGACCCAAGUGUCACAGUUCGAUAUGCCUGGGAAAAGGAUGGCUCUGUGAUCAACACCGAGAUGAUCCCACGAAUCCAUCUAGAAGUUGAUGGUACUCUGCACAUUUCCCAGACUUGGUCAGGAGACAUUGGGACGUAUACCUGCCGAGUCUAUUCCAUGGGUGGAAACGACUCUCGCAGCGCUCACCUGCGGGUCAGGCAACUACCUCAUUCUCCAGAGAACCCUGUGGCUGUCUUGAGCUCAGUGGAGAGAAGGACAAUUAACCUAACAUGGGCCAAGCCAUUUGACGGAAACAGCCCGCUCAUCCGCUACAUCUUGGAGGUUUCUGAGAACAAUGCACCCUGGACUGUGCUACUUGCCAACAUUGAGCCUGAUUCUACAGCAGUGACAGUCAGUGGCCUAAUCCCAGCUCGUUCGUACCAGUUCCGGAUCUGCGCAGUAAACGAUGUGGGUAAGGGACAAUUCAGCAAGGAGACAGAAAGACUGUCUCUGCCAGAAGAGCCUCCAAGCGCACCUCCUCAAAAUGUCAUUGCAAGUGGACGAACUAAUCAAUCAAUCAUGAUCCAGUGGCAGCCUCCACCAGAGAGCCACCAAAAUGGAGUUCUCUGUGGAUAUAUAAUUAGAUACUGUCUUGCUGGGCUGCCUGUUGGUUAUCAAUAUAAAAACAUCACCAACCCUGAUGUGAACAACCUGCUUCUGGAAGAUUUGAUUAUCUGGACAAAUUAUGAAAUUGAGGUGGCGGCCUUUAAUGGUGCUGGUCUAGGGGUUUACAGCAGCACUGUAACGGAGUGGACACUGCAGGGAGUCCCCACAGUGCCUCCAGGGAAUGUCCAAGCAGAUGCUGUGAACUCCACUAGCAUUCGGUUAACUUGGACACCACCAAGUCCACAGUUCAUCAAUGGAAUCAACCAAGGGUAUAAGCUUUUGGCAUGGGAACUGGGUCAUGAAGAUGAGUUAACAGUGGUGACGGUGAGGCCCAACUUCCAAGACAGUGUUCAUGUGGGUUACAUUACGGGUCUGAAAAAGUUUAGUGAGUAUGCCAUCUCAGUGUUGUGCUUCACUACUCCAGGAGAUGGACCCCGCAGUGCCCCUCAAGUGUUACGCACCCAUGAGGAUGUUCCUGGACCCGUUGGACAUCUAAGCUUUACAGAGAUCUUGGACACAUCACUGAAAGUGAGCUGGAGGGAGCCACAUGAGAAGAAUGGCAUUCUUACAGGUUACCGUAUUUCUUGGGAGGAGUACAACCGCACCAACACACGUGUCACUCACUAUUUACCAAAUGUGACACAUGAAUACAGAGUGACAGGCCUCACAGCUCUAACCACCUACACCAUUGAAGUGGCUGCUAUGACAUCCAAGGGUCAGGGAGCAUUAUCCUCCUCUACAAUUUCUUCUGGGGUCCCUCCAGAGCUCCCUGGUCCUCCAACGAAUAUUGCCAUUUCCAACAUUGGUCCCCGCUCUGUCACCUUGCAGUUUAGGCCUGGGUAUGAUGGCAAAACGUCUAUCUCCAGGUGGCAGAUAGAAGCUCAGGUUGGUGUGAUUGGUGAAAAUGAAGAAUGGGUCCUGGUCCAUCAGCUGCCUAAUGAGCCUGAUGCCCGUUCCCUUGAGGUUCCUAACCUUAAUCCAUACACUUUCUACAGGUUUCGCAUGCGCCAGGUGAAUAUUGUGGGGACCAGCCCUCCCAGUCAACCUUCCCGAAAAAUACAGACGCUGCAGGCUCCUCCAGAUGUGGCACCCACCAAUGUGACACUGCGCACUGCCAGUGAGACCAGUCUGUGGCUGAGAUGGGUGCCUCUGCCAGAGUGGGAGUACAAUGGAAACCCUGAGUUUGUAGGCUAUAGGGUACAAUAUGCAAGAACUGGAUCAGAGAACCGAGCACUGACCCAUAUGGUCCCAGAUCGGCUGGAGAGAGAGUUUACUAUUGAGGAUCUAGAAGAGUGGGCAGAAUAUGAGGUACGGGUUCAAGCAGUCAAUGGCAUUGGAGCAGGACCAUGGAGCCCACCAGUCCGAGGCAGGACACGAGAGUCUGUUCCCUCUUCUGGUCCAACCAAUGUGUCUGCCUUUGCUACAACAUCUAGCAGUAUUCUGGUACGAUGGUUUGAGGUUCCUGAGCCUGACAGGAAUGGAUUAAUUCUAGGAUACAAGGUGGUGUACAGAGAAAAGGACUCUGAUUCGCCUCUUCAGUUCUGGAUGGUUGAAGGGAACUCUACACAUAGUGUGCUGCUCAGGGAUUUGGGGAAGUAUGUACUCUACGAGAUUCAGGUGUUAGCUUUUACUCGCAUUGGUGAUGGAGUUCCCAGCACCCCUCCCAUCCUAGAACGGACCCUGGAUGAUGUGCCAGGCCCCCCAGUGGGAAUCCUCUUUCCUGAAGUACGAACCAACUCUGUGAGGCUCAUCUGGCAAUCACCAGCCCAACCCAAUGGGAUUAUUCUUGCAUACCAAAUCACUUACCGGCUGAAUUCAACAAACAGCAAUACAGCAACUGUGGAUGUAUUGAACCCAAGUGCACGUCAGUAUACAGCACUUGGACUAAAACCCGAAUCUGUCUACGUAUUUCGUAUCACAGCACAGACUCGCAAAGGCUGGGGAGAAGCUGCAGAGGCCCUAGUCGUCACCACAGAGAAGAGAGCUCGUCCUCAGCCUACCAGCAGGCCAUCAGUCCGACAAGAGGAUGUGCAAGCCCGCAAUGUUCUCCUGUCAUGGGAGCCUGGAAGUGAUGGUCUCUCUCCAGUUCGUUACUAUACAGUUCAGUUCAGAGAACUGCCUGAUAGCAACUGGACUGUUCACUCGGCAUCUGUCAGCCAUGAUGCCGUCUCCUACAUUGUGGACAGGUUGAAACCUUUCACAUCCUAUCAAUUUCGGGUGAAAGCAACAAAUGACAUUGGAGAUAGCGAUUACAGUGAGGAAAGUGAGGCCAUCACUACCCUGCAGGAUGCCCCAGAUGGAGCGCCGGUGAUCCUGUCUGUCACGCCACAUACCACCACCUCAGUGCUAAUUCGCUGGCAGCCACCUCCAGAGGAGCACAUCAAUGGCAUCUUGCUGGGAUUCCGUGUGCGAUAUCGGGAGCUGCAUUAUGACAGCCUGCGGAGCUUCACAGUAAGGACUGUCAACAGUCCAAAAGCUGGCUGGGCAGAGCUGACAUCCCCCUACAGUGUGCGGAAUCUGACAGAGUCCUCCCUCACCCAGUACGAGCUGGACAAUCUGAGUAAGCAUAAGCGAUAUGAGAUUAGACUGAGUGUCUACAAUGCAGUUGGGGAAGGACCCACCAGCACACCACAGGAGGUCUUUGUUGGAGAAGCAGUUCCCACGGCACCGCCGCAGAAUGUUGCUAUUCAGUCAGCAACAGCCACCCAGCUUGAUGUUACUUGGGACCCACCACCAGUGGAGGCUCAGAACGGAGACAUUCAGGGCUAUAAGGUUUACUACUGGGAGUUUCAGAGACACAAUGAGACUGAGCGCCUGCGCACACUCUUCUUGCCUGAGGGUGGUGUUAAGCUAAAGAAUUUGACAGGCUACACCACCUAUAUGAUAAGUGUGGCUGCGUUCAAUGCAGCUGGUGAUGGACCACGUAGCCCAGCUACUAGGGGUCGCACUCAGCAAGCCGCUCCCAGUGCUCCCAGUUUCAUCCACUUCAGUGAACUGACCACCACUUCUGUCAAUGUGUCCUGGGGAGAGCCAGUAUAUCCUAACGGAAUCAUUGAGGGUUAUCGUCUUGUUUACGAGCCAUGCAGCCCUGUUGAUGGAGUAAGCAAGAUUGUCACUGUGGAUGUGAAGGGGAAUUCCCCUCUUUGGAUGAAGAUUAAAGAUCUGGCAGAUGGUGUGACUUACAACUUCCGCAUCCGGGCAAAGACCUUUACUUAUGGGCCAGAAGUGGAGGCAAACAUUACUACGGGGCCUGGUGAAGGUGCUCCAGGUCCACCCGGGGAACCUUUUAUUUCUCGAUAUGGCUCUGCUCUUACAAUACACUGGGCAAAUGGAGACCCAGGUCGUGCUCCCAUUACCAGAUAUGUCAUUGAGGCCAGACCAUCAGAUGAGGGUUUAUGGGAUAUUUUGAUAAAGGACAUUCCAAAAGAGGUGACAUCCUACACAUUUAACAUGGAGAUGCUGAAACAAGGGGUCAGCUAUGACUUCAGGGUCAUUGGGGUGAACGAUUAUGGCUAUGGUUCUCCAAGUUCACCUUCUCCAUCCAUCUCAGCUCAGAAGGUGGCUCCAUUCUAUGAGGAGUGGUGGUUCCUUGUUGUGGUGGCUUUGGUGGGACUCAUCUUUAUUCUCCUACUUGUCUUCAUUCUUAUUAUCCGUGGCCAAAGCAAGAAAUAUGCAAAAAAAUCGGACUCAGGGAACAACUCAAACUGUAAUGCUUUAGGUCAUGGAGAGAUGGUCAGCUUGGAUGAAGGACGAUUCCCAGCACUUGAACUUAACAAUCGAAGACUGUCCGUCAAGAACUCUUUUUGUCGCAAAAAUGGAGUGUACACCAGGUCUCCCCCACGUCCCAGUCCUGGCAGUCUCCACUAUUCUGAUGAAGAUGUCAGCACCAAAUACAACGAUCUCAUCCCAGCAGAGAGCAGCAGUCUGACAGAAAAACCAUCAGAGAUCUCGGAUUCCCAGGUACACCACUCUCCUCUGCCAAAGGCUGUGCUUUUUGGAAGUGAGAAGCGGCCCACUCACCAGGAGACUGCUGAAGAGGUGCUGUUCUCAUUAAAGAACAUUAAACUCCAUGCUGUUCCUCUAAGCUGGGGCAGCGACAGUGAGUAUGAAGUAGACCAAAACCGACAGAAGACCCACUCCUUUGUAAAUCACUAUAUCAGCGAUCCAACUUACUACAACUCCUGGCGACGACAGCAGAAAGGAAUUUCACGUGCACAAGCCUACAGCUACACAGAGAGUGACUCUGGAGAACCUGAACACUCUGUGCCUCCUCCACCUCUCCCCCCGCUACCCCCAUUGCCUCCACAACUCAACAGUGCCCCUCAGUCUCAAGGCCAAGGCAGUCUCUUCAGACCCAAGGGCAGCCGGACUCCCACACCCCAGCAACAGCCCUCAAACCCACCCAGCCAACACAACACUCUCUACAGGCCACCUAGUAGCCUGGCACCAGGAUCUCGAGCCCCUAUUGCUGGAUUCUCAUCUUUUGUUUGACAAAACUUGACUGCAUUCUCUAGAAAACUAAUAGCCUGCUCUUUUUUUUUUUAAUUGAUUUUAUGAUUAAUUAUAUUUUGUUUUUUCUUAAGAAAACACAAGUAUAUUUUUCCCACAAGUAUAUGUAUGAGUUUGUGUUGGAAAGCUGGAGAGUUUCAACUUAAACAUUACUGCAGCCUUUGAUGGCUUGGGUGAAAUGGCAUGAUUUGUUUCAUUUGAAUUUUUUUUUGGGGGGGAAGAUGGAGUAGAGAGUGUUCUGCAUUACUGCUCCUAUGAGGCAAUCAUAUUCUUAAAAUAUUACAUAUUUAUAAUACAAAAAAGACAUCUUACUGGAGCCUGGAUCUCAGAAUAUAAUCAUGUAAAGAGGGAGAGAGACGAAACAAACAAAACAGAAGUGAAAAACAUGUUAAACAAAACAAAAAAUCAAUGUGUGGACAGGAAGCUGUCACAUCCAUGGAAACCAAGACUUGCAGUUUUUAUCGCCCAGCAUCUGAUGUUUGCAUUGUGAUUGGUUGGAUUUUUAAGGAGUGAUUUCUGGACUUCAGAAACUCUACACUGGAAAUCCAGUAGUGUGUAAAACUGCUGGAGCAAGUGUGCUUUGUUUUAUCUUCUAAUCCCACCUUGAGAUCAGUCCCUCCUGCUACUGAAAUUUACUCCAAAAACAGGAUGAAAUUACUGUAUCUUGUCUAUUUAUCUGAGGUGUGCAUCAAUUUAAAUAUUGUGAUUCAAAUCAUCCUUAAGGUGUAAGGCAAUUUAAUUAUGAUAUCUUGCUGUUUGAUAAUAGUGCCUCCAGUGGCUGGUUAAUGGGAUUGCAUUUUUUGGGAGGGCUAGGAAGUUUUUCAGUGUUCUUGUUUGGACAAAAGCCAAAUUGAUACUUUCUUGCAACUCCACUGUCUGUUUAUCUCCACAUGCUGUUAUAAAGACCCAUCUGCAUUUUCUAUUUUUCUGUAGGGAAAAGUGGUUGAUUAGGACUUAAAUGUUGCAAAUAGCAACAGUCUACUGAAGAACUGUGGUUUGUGAAGUAAUGAAAUCCAACUUUAUUUUCAUAUUGUAA